AUGGCAUGGGCAACGACGGUGCCACCGCCGGGCGCCGCGUCGCCGGAGCGCCUUGCCGCUGUGAAAAUGUUACUGGAGCGGGCCGCUAAGAAUGACGGUCACGACGACGACGACGACGACAAGUCUGAAUACGACGACGAGUCCGGAGACGACGACGACUACGACGACGCGGAGGACGAGUCGCCGGCGCCGCCCAAGCGCCGGCGAGGCGCUGGAGGCGACGCCGCUCCUGUGCCGCGCGCGUCCAAUCAUGCCGCGCGGGUAGCAAAAGCCCGCGCGGCCGAAGCCAAGAUGCUGCGCACGGACGAGGAGAUUGUACCAGGGCUUACGCGGCGCUUAGCUCGGCUCGCGACGGUGGCGAAAGUCGAAGUCGGCCCCCUGUUCCGGAAGUACCGCGGCGAUGGCGAAGAGCCCGCGCUCGCUGCUGUAUUAGUCCUACGCGACGUGUACGAGGCCGCGUGCGUGGAGCUCUCGGUCGCCGGCGGGGCCGACCGCUUGCACGCGGAGCGCCUCGCCCGGUCUUACUACGAAGACACUGACGACGCCGAGGAAGCCUCCCUGCUCGCGGCCCUCAAGAAGGUCGAGCGAAGCCUACGCGCUGGCGCGGUCAAGGACGCGAACAAGAAGCCCCACGAGAAGUUCCAGUAUUCCUUACCCCUCGGCGCCGGCAAGAGCAAGCGCGUUUUAGUAGCUGGCUGGGCGCGCGACCUCGCGAUUAGCGCGCGCGCCGACACCGAGCCUUUGACGGAAGCCGAGCACUGGUUGCGUACGGCCGCAGUCGACGACGACGCCGCAUCACCUUCCAACUUGUUGGACGUGAACUGCGCCCGCAUUAGAACAGAUGAUGGCUCGGAACGAGUCUGCCAGACCAUCGAGCGCCUCGCUUUAUCAGUCUUAGCUCAGGUAGGUUUCACCCGAGACCAGUUCCAGUCGCGCGCUGAGGCGGUCGCGGCCGGCCUUGAUAAGCUCCGCGCCGCGUGGCUUGCAGUGCACAAAUCAAACCGUCGCCGAGCCGUCGCGACGAGCUCCGCGCCAUCGACGCCACGUCUACGCGUGGCGAUCUGGGUCCCUCGCCGCUCGGGUUAUCAAGCACGGCCGCGUCGUCGCCGUGCACCCGACUCACUGGUUGAUGUGCGCACAGGUGGUUCGACACCAUCCACAAUCUUAAUGUCAGCACCAUGCAGCCCUCGAGAAGUAACGAUGCCGUCCUCGAGCCGGCCGAUCGGCCGGGAGAUCUUGCACGCGGCGCGCCCCGCCUGUUUGAGGCCAUCCGCAAAUCGGAAUGGCCCGGGACCAUAAUCGAGGUGCGCCUUCCGAGUCCAAAACUCCGAUCGCAUCGAUGGCGUGGAGGUUGCACGGUCGUCUGGACGUCGCCGACGAGCCUUCACGCUCGGAAUCGACAAUCUCCUAUACAGGUCUUCGGUAUUGACCAGCACACCUAUGCCAUGGACUGCAUCGUGGGCGACGAGGACAUCUGCGUCGAGGUGACCGAAGCGGACGAAGCCGUUCGCGAUGUUCUGUGGUUCCUCACCGGCGACGACAAGCUGCCUUCCGUCGACGCGGAGAGAACAUUCCUCGUGUACCGCAAGGACGGCCGCGACGUCGGAGUCUGCGUGGAAAUCAAAAUUUUACGGCGUCGUCCUCCACGCCAUCGACGCGCCGCCUGCUCGAUGGCGUGGCGGUGGCGGUUCUUCAUCGUUUGACGGGUCCAGCACGGCCGCGUCAUCGCCGAGAAAUGACUUAGUGCACCCGACACACUGGUUGAUUUCCACACAGGUCAGAGUAGAGCUCCGCUACCACCCGUCUUAUAGCGGCCCGCACGCGACGGCGCGGCGCCAUGUCAAAGACGAGUUUGCCGCGGUCAUUAUCCACCGCACCCGGAAGCACGUCAUCCCCUUGGGUGCGUCGGUCGAGAAGUGGUCGGGCCACUGCGCCGCCGGCGGCGGCGCGGCCUUUGCGGCGCAGCGCAAAGCUCUUGUCGAAGAUCUCAAGGCGCUCGGCGUCGAGAAGCCGCUCGAGGCCCACGUGAAGGACGUCUCGAUGCACGGCGCCUUGGCCUCGGACGCGAUUCUCAAAUUAGUAGAGUCGUGUGCCGACGACCAAGCGAAGAAGGUUGCCGCGGUCGCCGCGGUCGAGCGGGUCUUCCAGGCCCAGCACAAGUCAUUAUAUGAGAUCCUGUUUGACGGCGACGGUGAGCGUCGCGAGCUUGCUGAAGUACUCGAGAAGUGCCGCGAUGUGUUGCAGCAGGUAGCGCAGGCGUUCAGCGAGCGCGGCGACGGCCGCGAGGCGCAGCGCAGGUCACACGUGGCCGCACUUAUUGAUGCCGCCCGCGCAGAUGCAGAAGCCCUCGCUAACCUAAGCAGCGACGACGUCCUCAAAUUACUUGUGAAGAAAGCCAAGGAGCUCCGUCCUGAUGCAAAGGCAUCGUGGAACUAUAUCGCCGAAGCCUUGAACGAGCUGGGCAUACAGUGGGAUCAGGGGUACGUCCUGCAACACUACGCGUCUCUCCAGUCGAACCAAACGCCCCUGACCGAAGACGAGAAGCGGAGGAUAGUCGUGUUGGAGGAGAAGUUCCGCAGCAUGUGGGGAAAGUGGCCGAAGAUCGCCCAGCAGCUGGGCAACGGCCGCACCGCGGCCGACGGGAACAAGGUCAAAUGCUACUGGCACGAUACAGGACAGGACAGGCCAUGGUCCUGUUGCGACACGUGUGAACAGUGGCGCCUCCGCGAGAAAGGCACCGUAGUAGUUGAAGGCGCACACUGGACCUGUGCAGACGGGGGUCGGAAGUGCACCGAGCCGUGCGACUCCGUAUUACCAGAGAUUGUUGAGGAGGCGCCCGACGCGGCCACAUCGAUAGAGGUAGCAGUCCCUGAUGCAGUCGAGCCGUCGCAGCCCGCGUUGCCGCCGCAGCCACCGCACGAAGUAGAAGAACUGGUGGCGCAGCCGCCGCGCGCGACUUCCGUGCGUUACAACGUUGUCUCAAAGCCUUGGGCGGCAGAUGGGACCAAUGAACUUGUUUGGGAUGCUGAAGUGGCCACAACGGUAGAAGAGCAGCCGCCGCCCGAUGUAGUAGAAGUGACCGCGCAGCCGGCGCGCGCGCCGAAGGUUGACACUUCCAUGCCUUACAAAGUUGUCUCAACCCCUUGGGCGGCAGAUGAGACCAAUGAACUUGCUUGGGAUGCUGAAGUGGUGGUCACAACGGUAAAAGAGCAGGCCGCCCUCGAAGCGCCUUGACCUGGUCCAGGACGGCGCGGCCCGCGUCGAGGCGCGAGAUCAGCAUUAGAUCACGACUUGGUAGAUCCGACGUCGCCCUUGGUCACCGCGACGCCGAGUACGGGUCACGAUCACAUAACACGCCGCCCUCGAAGCGCCUUGACCUGGUCCAGGACGGCGCGGCCCGCGUCGAGGCGCGAGAUCAGCAUUAGAUCACGACUUGGUAGAUCCGACGUCGCCCUUGCUCACGGCGACGCCGAGUACAGGUCACGAUCACAUAACACGCCGCCCUCGAAGCGCCUUGACCUGGUCCAGGACGGCGCGGCCCGCGUCGAGGCGCGAGAUCAGCAUUAGAUCACGACUUGGUAGAUCCGACGUCGCCCUUGCUCACGGCGACGCCGAGUACAGGUCACGAUCACAUAACACGCCGCCCUCGAAGCGCCUUGACCUGGUCCAGGACGGCGCGGCCCGCGUCGAGGCGCGAGAUCAGCAUUAGAUCACGACUUGGUAGAUCCGACGUCGCCCUUGCUCACGGCGACGCCGAGUACAGGUCACGAUCACAUAACACGCCGCCCUCGAAGCGCCUUGACCUGGUCCAGGACGGCGCGGCCCGCGUCGAGGCGCGAGAUCAGCAUUAGAUCACGACUUGGUAGAUCCGACGUCGCCCUUGCUCACGGCGACGCCGAGUACAGGUCACGAUCACAUAACACGCCGCCCUCGAAGCGCCUUGACCUGGUCCAGGACGGCGCGGCCCGCCGAGGCGAGAUCAGCAUUAGAUCACGACUUGGUAGAUCCGACGUCGCCCUUGCUCACGGCGACGCCGAGUACAGGUCACGAUCACAUAACACGCCGCCCUCGAAGCGCCUUGACCUGGUCCAGGACGGCGCGGCCCGCGUCGAGGCGCGAGAUCAGCAUUAGAUCACGACUUGGUAGAUCCGACGUCGCCCUUGGUCACCGCGACGCCGAGUACGGGUCACGAUCACAUAACACGCCGCCCUCGAAGCGCCUUGACCUGGUCCAGGACGGCGCGGCCCGCGUCGAGGCGCGAGAUCAGCAUUAGAUCACGACUUGGUAGAUCCGACGUCGCCCUUGCUCACGGCGACGCCGAGUACAGGUCACGAUCACAUAACACGCCGCCCUCGAAGCGCCUUGACCUGGUCCAGGACGGCGCGGCCCGCGUCGAGGCGCGAGAUCAGCAUUAGAUCACGACUUGGUAGAUCCGACGUCGCCCUUGGUCACCGCGACGCCGAGUACGGGUCACGAUCACAUAACACGCCGCCCUCGAAGCGCCUUGACCUGGUCCAGGACGGCGCGCCCAGCGUCGAGCGCGAUCAGCAUUAGAUCACGACUUGGUAGAUCCGACGUCGCCCUUGCUCACGGCGACGCCGAGUACAGGUCACGAUCACAUAACACGCCGCCCUCGAAGCGCCUUGACCUGGUCCAGGACGGCGCGGCCCGCGUCGAGGCGCGAGAUCAGCAUUAGAUCACGACUUGGUAGAUCCGACGUCGCCCUUGCUCACGGCGACGCCGAGUACAGGUCACGAUCACAUAACACGCCGCCCUCGAAGCGCCUUGACCUGGUCCAGGACGGCGCGGCCCGCGUCGAGGCGCGAGAUCAGCAUUAGAUCACGACUUGGUAGAUCCGACGUCGCCCUUGCUCACGGCGACGCCGAGUACAGGUCACGAUCACAUAACACGCCGCCCUCGAAGCGCCUUGACCUUGUUCAACACGGCGCGGCCGGCGUCUGACGUCGUCGAGGCCAUUUGAGGUGCGCCGCACGGCAGUAACUCAGCUCACGAUCUUGUUUACCCCGCAGGCCGCGUCCAUGAGUACUCUCAAUCGCUCGUAGGCGCGAAGACCGUCGCCGACCACCAGCCCACGGCGACGCUCUAUGCCAGGCCCACGUCUCAAGCACCGCGCGCGCCCCCCUCCUGAUCUCGCACAACCCCGCGGCCGCGUGCUCGAUGCGAUCAUCGCGCUCUGGAGGAGGCGUGCCGUCCUUCCUCUCCCAUCCUCCUUACAGCUCGUUCCCUCACAGCAGGGACGAGACUUGAUCCGGUUUCUGCGGAAACCAUCCACUGAACGCGAAGAGCUUGGCGUGCCCUUAACCUGAGCACUGCGAGCACGUGUGCGGGCCCGCGGAGAUGUCCUUUCUCGAGGAGGCGCCUCGGAGGAGAACGUUUCGGAGCAGACCACCGCCACUCAGCCCGACCACUUUUCCGACGGCCACGUGAUCACCCGGUUAUCAGGUAAACAUUGUCACCCAAGAGGAAGCAAAGUCCAGCGGCGUGAAUCACGGACGGACAUACUAAGUGAUCGUGGGCAGUGGCGGCGCCGCCGUUCCUUCCUUGCGCGCGGCGCCUUAUCCCGUAGCCGCUCGUCGUCGAGCCGUCACAGUUCUCGUGUCACCCUUGCACAUAGAGGAGCCGGCGCCAGCAGCUCUGGUUGGCGUCGAGUUUUUUUUCUUUCUUUUGCGGCCACACUUUCGUGUGGCCUCUGGCGCUACUCGGGCGUCAUGUUUUUUUUAUUGUCGGCCAUCUCGUGGCCGUGGCACGCUACACUAGAGCGCAUGUCUGCAAACACAGCUGUGCUGGCGCAGGAGAGCCGCGGCGGCGCGCUGAGAGCUGGCGCAGCGCAGCGGCGAGCAGUCCUCGCUGGAUAGGCUCCCGGAGAAGCCCAAAGCUUCGGAGCAGCGCUGUAGCGCGCGCUAUUUAGGCUGAUAUUUUGCCUCUCAGACGCCGCCUCAGAGGGCUUUUGCGCCGACGCAAAGCGCGAGACGGGCGGCGAGACGGGACACGCGUGGGUGCAUGCUUAAACACCUAUUGUAUGGAUUAAUGCGGUUUCCCCUAGUGUCUUACAGGCCGCUAGCCGCGCAGCAUAACUUGCAAAGUCGCGGUUUUAUGCGCGCGCCCUCAGUUUUGCUGCGUUACGCCAUUUCUGCGUCAACUAAUAAUACUCUCAGCUCAUACGCUGCGCUGACAGCGACGCCAAGGCUCUACGUCCCAGCAAAAAAGAAACGCUGCAUCCUACGGUUUGCCCUUGCAUUCGUACGCGGACCUCGCAAAUGGCCGACGACAAAGGCGACGAAGGAGAACUGCAAGGCAACUCGGAGUUCCUGCCCUUUCAAAAAGCGGACAACGACGACGUGCACGACACUGUCGAGGUCGUCGCGCUCGACGCCGAGCCGACCGUCGAGGAGGCGCAGCCAACCAUCGCGGAGACCCUGACGGCGACGGCCCGCGCGGCCUACGCCACGGCGUCGAGCCUCGUGGACACCGUGGCCAACGACACGCCUCCGCCGCCUGUGGACCUCGACGAGACGCCGCCGCCGUCGCCCGUCGCCACAUCCUCACCGCGGAAGAAGCCGGCGCCCAUCGUCGUCAAGGAGCUCGCCGCCGCCGCCGCGGCCGUGGGCGUGACCUCGCCCGAGGCCUUUCGGAGCGGCGGGCCCGUGGCCAACAGCCCGCCGGCCUCGCCCAAGGCGUGGCAGGCGCCGCCCAAGGCGGACUCGCCGGAGGCGCGCCACCGCACGAUGUGGAAGCCGCGGUCGCCCUCCAUUGAAAAACCGGCGGCGCCGUCGCCCGAGGCCUUCCGGCCGGGCGGGCGCGUGCGGAACUCGCCGCCGCCGUCGCCCGUACCUCACGCCGGCGGCUUGGGCGACGUAUUCCCGCCACGAACGCAAAAACCUUACGAGCCCGACGACGCGUACGACCGGCCGGGUCCCGUGCCCCUGUCAAACUACGCCGCGGGGCCGCGCCUCGGCCCCGCGCGGCUGCCCGUCGCCGUGCGCCAGGCGGGCCGGGCGGCCGCGUGGGACGCGGCGCCGGCGCCGGCGCCGGCCGCGCCGGCGGAACCGGAACCGGAACCGAACCCGCGCGCAUCGCGCGAGGAGCCGUUCAACCCCCGCGCGUCGCGCGAGUCGCUGCGCGCGUCGCGCGACCGCGACGCGGAGCUGCAGACGCUGCGCCGGCGCGUCGACGCCGCCGAGCGCGAGGCGGCCGCUUUGAGAGACCAGGCGCGGCGCGACCGCCAGGUAAAGCUCGACGCCGAGGCCGAGGCGCGCACGUUAAACGACGAGCUGGCCCGCGCGCGGACUUUAAUAGAUCAGCUCCGCGACGACGCGGUCGAGGCGGCCGCCGCGCGCGGCCGCGACGCCGUCGCCGUCGAGGCCUUGCAGGGCCGCGUCGCGGCACUCGAGGCGUCAGCACGCGACGCUGACGACCGCGUCGCGUCGACGGCUGUGUGGAAAUCAACCAGUGUGUCGGGUGCACGCGGCCGACCUGGAUACGCGCCGUAAAAUUUUGAUUUCCACACAGGUCGACGGCCGGCGCGCUCGAGCGCGCCGGGCUCCAGCGGCGCGACGCGGACCACGCGCGCGCGGAGGCGGACGCGCGCGCGGCCCGCGCCGAGGCCGCGGCGGCGGAGGCGCGCGCGGCCGUCGACGGCUGGCGCCGCGCGCAUGCGGAUCUCCGGACGGCCCACGACGCGCUCGGCGAGGAGGUGCGCCGCAACGCCGCCGAGAUCGCUCGCUUGCGGAGCGAGCGGGCGGCGCCGCCGCGCGACGCGGACGUGAGGACCUCGCGCCUCCGCGCGUCGGCGGACCUCGCGCCGCCGCCGCCGCCGCCUCGCCCAAACUCACAUCAGCCUCCCGGAAGCCCCUCUCAGCGGUUGGCCGCCGGCCCGACGCCCCUCGCCGCGUUCGCGCCCGCCCAGCACAGCAAGCACGCCGCGGGCUACCGGCCGCCCCAAGUCGGCCCCGAGCCCGCGGCUCCGCGGCUCGCCGGCGCGCCGACGCCCUUCUCGCCCCGCGACGGCGCGCCCUUCGCGACGACACGCGACGAGGCCCACGCGGCGCGGCGCGCUCCUCUUGAAAGAAAGCUGCUGGAGCUGAACGUGCAGCGGGACUUGCUCGAGGCCGAGUCGCGGAAGGCGCCGCCGCACGCCCGGUCGUACGCCGAGCGGCGCCGCCGGACUCUGAGAGAGGAGCGGCGGCGCGACCUCGACGCGGCGGCGGCGCGCGUCAAGGCGGCGCUGCGGGACCUCAACUGAUAUUUUUGGCACCCCUUCCUAAGGACAUCAUAUAA